AUGAACACGACUUUUUGCUCUUCAAAUGAGCAGCAGGAACUGGCUGAGAUUGCCCUCGCGCUUCGGAUGCCCGAACCACAUUUAAAAGAAGACUACAAAAAUAACCCUAAUCUUCGAGUGGGAUAUUUAUAUACAAACUACAAACGCGAGGAAAUAAAAAUACCGGACGAAAGUUCACAAAACAAACCCCUUACAAAAAGUGCUAGAAUUAAAAAAAAUAUAAAAAAUAUUGAACUUUCUUCUGAUUAUCUUUCUCGCUUGGAUUAUGGCGAUAUUAGGGUUUCGGCGAAAUUUCAAGAAGUGUUUAAGAAUGAAUUUAAUAAGUAUUUUGAGAUUGAAGUUAACGACUACCCUAGAAGAAUAGAAGAUAAAUUGCGAAAAAAAGAAUUAAAUCUUGAUGACAACAUCUCUGACGAAAUCAUUGUUGAUGCUCGAUUUGAAGACUAUGAUAUUAUGGCGCUUGAAUUUGCUAAGCGAGGCAGGGACAUUCCUUUUGAAAGGUCAGGUUCAGAAAGCAAGUUUCGUCCUGCCAUAACUCAAGUUCUUCGCGAAUAUAAACCUAUCUCUGAUAAACUAUUGAAAGAAAAGAAGAAACUAGAAGAACAAAAAGGAUCCUACACCUUUACCAUUAAAGAUGAAUAUAGAUAUACUGAGGAUUAUGAAGAA